ACAUCCACCACACUGGUCUCGACCUCUGAAAGUGAGAAGUCCCUCGUUUCAAAGUCUUUCAACGGUGUUGUGCUGUCGGACUCGGAGGUGGGGCCACUCGUAAGUUUCUCCAAGCCUUGGCUGGAGGUUCUGCGGCAGGGGCGGUCAGAAAGCGAUGACCCUCAUUCCGGAGGCCUGUCCGCGCAAGAGAUCCGCCGCCGCUACUCUGCUGACCAGUAUCAGCCGUUAUCUCCCUUUGCUACACACACACGUCAUGCUUCCAACUUGUCUGAAGGAGCUACACCUCUCUUCUUACAUAUCCAGAAAAGACCGCCAGGCCCAGUGCGGCAGCUGUCGCUAGAGAUCGGGGAGGAAUGGGAGCGGGUCCACUUGCUGAGUGGCCUGAACUCACCUGCAGAGCUCCCUGGCGGGGAGAUAAGCGAUGUUGAUGAUGUGUUCGUCUGGCUCAGUAGUUCCACUACAGACACCAUUCCAAUGACGGUUAUGAAAGCGUCAAGCAGCGUCACGUCCAGAAAGCACUCACACGAGCGGCGUUCGCAUCAGACUUCCGCAAAACUUCGGCGUCUGUAUCCCAGACCAGGCUGUUCCCUGCCAACAAAGAGUUCUAGCUCUGAACGUACCCCUGGGGUCACGCUUCCAUCACGCCCGUGGGCAGGAGCCCAGGAGGCUGUGACCACUUCCGCUGCGCUGGAGCAGACGACAGAUUUACCGACCUCCAUCCUCCCAGGAAGUCUGGUGCAGGCAGAAGAGGUGGAGUCGUCGAUAUCAUUAUAUUCAGGACAGAAGACUCCCACAUCAAUCGUGAUCACGCAGCCUGCCAGCACACAGUCUAGGGGAGGAUGUGAUCACAUGGCGAUUCCUAUCGACGACGCUGACCCCCUCCCUGCCGACCACAAACGCCACCUGCUACCCAAUCCAUACAACCGCCUCAACCAACGCUGCCACAGCACGCUUCAUUGCCCUUGCUGUUUUUUCUUGUGUUUGCUGUGCUGCUUGCCGGCUGUGUACUUCAUGGUGCUAUCCGACCUCGAGUUUGACUUUGGCUCGCUACUCAAAGCCAGGAGGUACGGCCGCAGAACCACUAAACUCUACUUUGCGGGUGCCACUCUCGCGGUGACCUUGCUCGUGACCUGUGUGGUGUGUGUGACCUUCUUUCUGCCUCACACCCUCGUGGGACCAUGAUCUGUGAUUAUUCCAGGCUUACCUCUACCUAUCAAAGAAAUGGUGUGGGGGGAAAUAAAGUUAUACUUUAUAUUGCUGCGAAACGAACAGAGCCAAAGUAGUCAUGGCUUUGGUUCAGUGAACCAAAAACUACCCUGAUCGCUGCAUCAAGAUUUGCUUCUUCAAGCACAUCUGUUCUUGCUAGAUGUGGAACACUGGGGGAGUGUUGCCAUGAGACAAUGUGUGGUCAAAAUGUAUUCAUGAAAACACCAACACUCAGCACUCGCAAGGAUAAUGUCAGGGUGAAAGAUGGGCAGAAAACUGCUACAAAGUUGACAACUUCUUGGCAGGUUUUUGUUUAACCAUAUCACUUUAACAGAAGAGCGACACAUAAUAAUUAGUUCAUUUUAAGAUAAAAACCCACAAGCUGACAUAGAUUUUAAAGAAUGUGCAGACCUGAAACAAGUUCAAUUUCAAACACUUUAUUUUCAUACAAAAUACCCAAGAACAAACCUGGUGAAAACUGAUUUCAGAUCGGUUGCAAAAUUGGUGCUUCACUCUGAAUUCUUUAGUAAUAACCCAAUUAUUAAACUGAAACAAACUUGAAAUUAUAAAACAUUUUUUACAUGUUGUUAAUUGAAAACCGAGCAAACAUCAACUGUGAUUCACCCACGUGUUGUGAAACAGCAGAUUGUAAUAGUUGUGACAAGUCACCACAGCAAGAGGAUUUUUUAAAAAACAAAACAAAUAACAUCAGCAGAUAAUGCAGAAACAUUUCUGUAAGGAGCACUACAUGCAAGGUGAUGAGGGAAAAAAGUGAUGCUAUAAACCCUAAUAAAAGUAUGGUUUGUGUAUAAACCUUCUUAUCACAGUUGGAAUCAGGCUUAAAGAUGUGUCUAAACUGAGCAAUCCACUCCAGUCUGAACCUGAUUCAGGAAGAUCAGAAGAUCAGUGAUCAGCAUCAAUUCAGGUCUUUUUGUUUUGUAACAAGGUGCUUAGAACCCUGUAUGAACACUGGACGUAAACAGGCUAGAAAUAAAUGAGAUAUGGCGACCUACUAGUCGAUCCUCCAUAUGGCUGACUUAGCUCUCUUGUUGAAAGAGAAAAUUGAAAUUUUACUAAACAGUAGCAGGAGUACUAGAACUUCCAGUGGUUUAUCACCAAAGUGCAGAAAGGUAACAGCAUGCCUGUUUAGUAUGCAAUAUAAUAAAAAUAUAGGCUAAAAUUAUCAUGAACACAAAAUUAACACACUUAGACUAGCAUAUAGAUAACAUAAAAGAGUAAUAAAUACUGGUCCACCAGUUUCUGGAGAGCCCCACAAUUAUUUUUGAUGAAAAUAUAGGACACUGAUGCUUUUUGCUAACACUAAAAUAAGAAAAAAAAAAAUGCUAGUACUAAGAUGACAGUAUUCAGGCUUGUGGUAGAUGCCACCUUUUAAGACUGAGCUUAAGGUUUGAGUAAUUUAAAGAACAUUACCAAAAUCACUGAGCAACACAAAACCAGUCUGCAACUGAUCAGCUUUUAAUUAAGAAUGAACAUUUGACUGCCUGAACAAUGUUCAGACUCAAAUGGACCGCCCAAUUAAAAAAACAAACACUUAAGGAACUCUUCACAAAGUUAUCCAUUCAAAGCCUAAUGAGACUGAAGUUUUAUGAAUGAGUCAUGAUAUUUUUUAAACGGUAUUAAUGUAUUGUGUUAUGUAUCAUGAUUUAGCUAUAAUUUGCAUCACAACCAGUUAUAGAUCUGCAAUGUUACUUCACAACAAUAGCUAGACUUAAAAAUGUCUCACCAUGUGGACUGAUAAACAUAUAUUUCUUAGUGUGUGCCUCAACAGUCAUGCAUCUGUUCACAAGUGAACACUUUUUCUAAUGGUUAAAUGCAUCACAAUGUGCUAGUAUUUUCACAAGUGUUGCAAGAGGGCAAUGUAAAAUUGUAUAUUCUAACUUUUCAUGCCGUAAUGAAAAAAAAAAACCCUAAAAACAAAACAAAAAUCCCUCUGACAGGGUGAGGAUACAUGUACACCAACUGUGACUUGAUUGUUAAUUUCCAUGGAUAUUAAAUGCCUCCAGCAUGCAGAUCUGCUGACAAUAUACAGCAGCCAGUUAAUGCCAGCUCUUCAAGCAACUGUCACUUUAGCCCCUCCACAAGCACCCUGCCUCCAUUAUGUCUACUUCUUUUAUAAUAAAAAUACUGUUUCACUGUGAAAUUCCAUACUGUACACACUGUUACAAAAAGGGUUCUCUUAACCAAUGUGAACACUAAAUUUAAUGAAAAAUGGAAAUGCUCAGCAACCUUUGUAGCUUAUAAACAUAUUAGAAGCAAAAAAAAAA